AUGUCAGGAAAUAGGGAUAUCCUUAUUGUGGGUGCAGGUCUUGGCGGCCUCGCAGCUGCGUGUUGCUUUGCCAAGGAUGGUCACCGUGUCUUUGAGCAGCGAGAUAAAUUGUCACCAAAGGGAAGUGGGCUUAUGAUACGCCCUGGUGCGUCUCGCAUCCUUCAAUCCUGGGGCCUUGGAGACGCCAUUGAACAGGUUGCGGACACCUGUCUCCCAUUCUCCAUCCGAGAUCUGGAGACCGACAAGGAUAAGAUACGAAGUUUACCAGCUUCACUUAGCAAAUACCCGGAUUGGGGCAUUCAUAGACCCAUUUUACAGGAUAUUUUAUACCAACAUGCCGUGCAGGCUGGUGCCGAAAUUACCUUCGGCAGUAUCGUCGAAGACUUCUCCGAUGAACCAGACAGAAGGCCAAGCCUACAAUUUCGAGAGGGUAAAACAAUAGCUGGCGAUCUUAUCGUUAUUGCGGACGGCAUUCGAUCACGCUUACGCUCUAAAGCCUUGAUUGACGUAUCUGCGGGCUGGUCGGUGGACCCCAAAAUCAGCGGUUCGGUAUUUUAUGGUAUAACAGUGCCACGACAACACCUAGAGUCGGAUAAUGAUGCCGCGUUAUUGCUACAGCAAGAUGAACCAUGUGUUUGGGUGGGCAAUGAACGCUUUGUUGUUGGUCGAAAGCCCAGAAAGCUUGAAUUCUGGAGCGGAUUGUUCGGCCUUAAUCAUGAUGAUGGCCAAGCUAGUAUGUGGAAUGAGGACGGUGAUAUCGCCUUUGUGAGGCAGCGUUUUGAGGGGAUCUGCCCAUCUCUCUCAGGGGUUCUCAAAUUGGCGUCAAAGUGUGACAGAUGGAAGAUCGCCGAGAUGCCAAAUCUUCCUCGUUGGACGAGCAAGACUGGCAGGGCCAUCCUACUGGGUGACUCGGCGCAUGCAAUGGAGCCCAACGCGGCACAG